AUAUUAAAAGAAAAAGAUCCAUAUAAAAUAUUAGGAGUUCCAAAAACAGCAACUAAGGAAGAAAUUAAAAAGAAAUUUAAAGAAAUGGCUAAAAAGUUUCAUCCAGAUAUUAACAAGGCUGCAGAUGCUAAAGAGAAAUUUGCAGAAUUGAAUGGAGCUUAUCAAAUUCUAGUUGAUGAUGAAAAACGUAGAAUGUAUGAUAUGACUGGAAUUGGUGGUGGUGGAAAUCCUUUCGGUGGAGGUGGUGGAAUGUCACGUGAACAAGCUGAAGAAAUAUUUAAUCAAUUCUUUGGAAGAGGUGGUGGUGGUGGACAACCACGUGGACCUCGUCAAGGAGCUGAUGUUCGUAAAUCUAUUCGAAUUAGUCUUAAAGAAGCAGUUACAGGAACUAAAAAAGAUUUAAGAAUUAAUAAGGCUAUUGAAUGUACACCUUGUAAUGCAACAGGUGUUAAAGCAGGUACAAAACCAAAAUCAUGUACAAAAUGUAAUGGAACAGGUACAAUGACAAUGCAACAAGGAUUUUUCAUUUUAAGAUCAACUUGUGAUAGUUGUAAUGGAGCUGGUAAAAUUCAUGAAGAUUGUCCAUCAUGUAAAGGUGAAGGAUAUACAUCUGAAAUGAGAACUGUUGAAGUUACAAUACCUUCUGGUGUUGAUACAGGUUCUACUUUAAGAUUACCAGGUAGAGGUGCUGCUGGUCAAAGAGGUGGUCCACCUGGUGAUAUGUUUUUAGAAGUUUUUGUUGAACCUGAUCGUACUUUUACUAGAAAGGGUGAUGAUUUGGAUACAAAGAUUAAUAUUUCACUUUCACAAGCAGUUUUAGGUGGUUCAGUUGAAUUAAAUUCAAUUACAGAUGAAAAAUUACAAAUUCAAAUUCCAUCUGGUGUUCAACCUGGUGAUAGAGUUACUGUUAAAGGAAAGGGUAUCAAACCAAAGAAUAAGUUUACAGGUGGUAAUUUGAAUGUUUAUUUAAAUAUUCAAAUUCCAAAAUCUUUAUCAUCACAACAACGUGAAUUAUUCGAAUUA